GUAUCCAAGAAAAACUGGACCAUAUCACGUAUUUGAAUAUAAAAACCAUCUGGAUCACCUCUUUGUAUAAGUCCCCAUUAAAAGACCUUGGGUAUGGAGCUGAAGACUUCUAUGAUAUUGAUCCCAUGUUUGGAUCAAUGAGCGAUUUUGAGAAUCUGCUUGCAGCCAUACACGACAGAGGGCUGAAGGUGAUAAUGGAUUUAAUACCAAACCACACAAGUGACAAACACCGAUGGUUUCAGCUGAGUCGCAAUCAGACUGGGAAGUACACGGACUACUACAUCUGGCAGAACUGCACGCAGGCGGCUGGUUCGGUCACUCCUCCAAACAACUGGGUGAGUGUCUUUGGGAAUUCCAGCUGGCAGUUUGACGACGUGAGAAAGCAGUGUUAUUUUCAUCAGUUCGGGAAAGAACAGCCAGACUUGAAUUUUCGCAACCCUGCUGUCCAACAAGAAAUCCAUGAUAUUAUCAAAUUUUGGCUUGGCAAAGGAAUCGAUGGAUUUAGCUUCAGCGCUGUUAAAUUUCUUUUAGAAGCAACACAUCUACGGGAUGAGCCUCAAGUGAACAAGUCCCAGAAUCCAGACACUAUCACAGCCUAUUCCCAGCUCUACCAUGACUACACAACUACGCAAGUUGGUAUGCAUGAUAUCAUCCGUAGCUUCCGUCAAACCAUGAAUCAGUUCAGCAGUGAACCUGGCCGAUACAGGUUUAUGGGUUCUGAUGGUGAUGAAAACGACAACAUCGAAGCAACAAUGAUGUAUUAUGGAACAACUUUUAUCCAAGAAGCAGAUUUUCCCUUCAACUUCAACCUAAUUAACAUGAAAAAUCUAUCUGGCAAUAGUAUUUUUGAAGCUGUCAACUUGUGGAUGAAAAACAUGCCUGCAGGAAAAUGGCCAAACUGGGUGGUUGGAAGCCCUAACGCUGCUCGGAUUUCAUCUCGGAUUGGGAAGGAGUACAUCAAUGUCAUAAAUAUGCUGCUUUUAACCCUCCCUGGUACUCCUGUAACUUACUAUGGUGAAGAAAUAGGCAUGGAGAACAUUGCCUCAGAAAACGUGACCUUUCCAGAGAAAUCCCCAAUGCAGUGGGAUGGCAAAGCGAAUGCUGGUUUUACUGAAGGCAACAGUAGCUGGUUACCUGUUAACUCUGACUAUCAAAGUGUAAAUGUUGAGAUCCAGAUGACCUGGUCCAAUUCAACCCUGAAUCUGUACAGAGAGCUAACUUUACUUCGUAACAAUGAGCUACCCAUUCAUCGGGGGUGGAUGUGCUACAUCUGGAAUGACAGAAAUGUUUUUGUCUAUGUGAGGGAAUUGGAUGGGCUAGACAGAGUCUUUAUGAUGGUUCUCAAUUUUGGGCAGGAAUCGACAAUUGACCUGCAAGCUAUAGUUCCUAGCCUUCCAUCUGAAGCUGUUAUAAGACUGAGUACUAAUUUUAGCAAUGCUGGUAAAGCUGUCAAUACCAAACUAAUUAAAACCGAAAUGGGAGAAGGCCUGGUCCUUGAAUAUAAAACAGCAGAGCCUGUUCAUACUAUGGAAGGUUUUAAAGGAAAUUGUUUUGUUGCAGAAAAAGCUUGUUAUUCCAGUGCCUUCAAUUUACUCUACAUGAACUGUUAAGUGCCGAUGUAGAAUAACCAAGCUUUCAUGUUAAUUUAGAAAGUGUUGGUUUCAGGGAAAU